AUGGACACAUCAAAGGCGCUCGUUCAGAGUUGCUUGCUGUAUGAUCUUAAAGUGGGCCUGUCAGCAGGAGAAUCAAGUCGCCGAAUUCGCCAGGCCUUUGAGGAUGAUGCCGUUAACGAACGAACUUCUAGGCAAUGGUUCCAGAAGUUCAAGUCAGGGUACAUGUCUCUUAGUGAUGCAUCACUCAGCAGUCAGCCACAAGCGCUGAACGAUGAGGGCCUGAGAGCAGCCAUAGAGAGUGACAGUAGCCAAACAUGUGGUGAGCUUGCUGCACACUUCCAGGUAUCAGAUGAAAUGAUCAGACUCCAUUUGCACCGCAUAGGAAAAGCAUACAAGCUGAGCAAGUGA